AUGUCACGCAUUGAAGCUAUGUCUCUCCCGCUAGACUACCAAGCUCUUGCUGUAUCUCAGGACACGGAUGAUGAACUGAAACACUUUAUUGACAAAAGUUCAUCUCUUCAUUUAGAAAAGUACGUUACAACUGAAAGUGGUACUCAGUUUGUUUCAGCCACUUUGAAAAAUUUAGCAAAACGUUUUGGUUUUACACUCCACCCCACUACCAAUUGGCAUCCUGCUGCGAACGGAUUCAUCGAACGAAUGCAUAGGCAACUAAAGGCAGCCAUCAUGACCCAUGCAAAGGAUUCGUGGACAGAGUCACUGCCCAUCGAGCUUCUCGGAAUGCGUUCUUCACUUAAGAAAGACUUAAAGGCCACGUCUGCAGAACUAGUUUAUGGUGAGCCCCUUAAUCAUCCUGGCGAUUACUUUGCAGAUAAUCAAGAAAAUAGCAGUAUGAACGACCCUACUAGCUUACUCGACUGUCUUCGUAUUUUAAUGAAUAAAAUUGGUCCAGUACCUGCAUCUCGCCACUCAAAUUCACGAUCAUUUGUUUUUGUGGACUUAAAGGACUGA